AAUUACAAUAUUAUUAAAAAAUAACACAUAUUUGGCUACAAAAACAAAAAUGUCAUUUGAACAAGAAAGUUUACAAAAUGUGAACAAUAUGACACCGGCUGAAAACCUGAAGGAAUUAAUCAAACAGCUGAUUAAAGAAAAGCAAUACGAUGGAGUAGCUCUACUGUUUACUAAUGCUAACGAAGCACAAAAAAAUAUUUCAUGUAUGCCGGAGAUUGCUAUGGACGUUUUCCAUGAUAUUUGUUUACAGCAGUUAAACGAAAAAAAUCAUAAAGAAAAUUUGCCUUUAUAUUGUUGCGUAGAAGAAUUACUUAAGAUUGUGGCUACUUACGCACCGGCCGAAGAAUUACUUUUGGACUUACUUGAAAUCAUCGAAGAGCAUAAGUCGGAAAACGUGUUCACGUCAGCUUUAAGAGCCUUGCAGGUAGUUAUAAUGCGUCAGGGUAACGAGAAACCCCGAGCAUUAGAAUGGAGUUUGAACUCAAUAAAAACUCGAUUAGAUGAAUUACCCAUACCAGAUUUUCUAAGAGAAGGUUACGAUGAAAAACAAGAGAAAUUACUGGAACAAAAUGAUAAAAUACAAACAUUAUUAUUGCACUAUAUAACUGUAGGUCUAUUCUACGAGCCGUUGCUGAAUGGUAUAUGCCACUCUUCUUUGUUCGAAAAACAACCUUUUCGUUCCUGCGAUAUCAACAGACGUAAUGUGCUCUGUUGUUUUUUGUUAUCUCUAUUAGGAAAGCCUUUUUCUAUGCUGAAUUUUCACGGCGGGGAAGAGAGUCGCAAAACUAAUACUUACACUUUACAAUGUGCUGUUUCUUUAACAAAAGCCACAACUCGAUGUAUAGGAGAUCCAUAUUUUUUCUUAACUCUAGUCGAAGAUCGUUUCCGUUUUAUGGGUACUUUGCAAGGAAAGGAGAGAAUACGUGGAUCAAUGAGUAACAAUAUAUUUUUUAUAGAUGAAAAACUGCCUUUGAAUUGUAUCGCGACUUAUUAUUAUAUGAUUUUGGUGGAGGGCAUUGACAAAGAUAAAAUUUACCUAGUUUAUAAUCCAAUGUUCGUAUUCGAAUCAACUUUGUACUUGGCUCACGAAUUAAUGGGCAACGAUGAACCGCCUCUUCAACAAAAAGGAUUGAAACUGGUCGAUUGCUUGUUAAAGCAAUUAGGAAAUGCGGAAAUUCCUGCGGUUUUCUUGGAAAUUGAUUUAUACAAAUCAUUUUGUCAAACGCUUUGUAAUCUUGUCGCUUAUUCAUCGCUUACUUACCUGAGGCAAACGGGUGUACGAAUCUUGCGUCAGUAUAUUUUACAAUUCGACGACGAAGGCAAAUAUUCGGUGCUUAAAAAUCUCAUGCGUUCCGUUCGGCAUCAUGGGAUUACCGGCUAUUUGGCUAUUAUUUACAAAGAUUUGGUAGCUAAUGCAUUGACAAAUCCUGCUAUAAGUCAAUUGCCCAGCACAUUAUCUGGGCAGCACUUUCGCACAAUAUUUGAGCGACAUAUUUGCUGUUUAGCAAAUGGUGUUGAAACUGAUAUUUUAGAGUAUUCUGAUAAGAUCAUUUCUUCGUUGAAUGCAUUACGUUUUUUUGCCCUCAAAGAUUAUACCAAUCUCACUGGCUUUUGGAAUUUCAUUGAUGAUCUUAAUAAAAAUUAUUUGCGUCCCUUGCGGGAAGCCUUAAAUCUGUCAAUUGCACAUUAUAAAUCGGAGUUAAAGCAUAUAGAAAACGUUACUGAUGCUAAGGAAGAAGUGGAACAACGUGAGCAACUAGAACUGCUAGAUAUUUCCAUAGCUAAUGAGAAGAGUAGCCGCAUCAAACAUGAUCUUGAAUUAAAUCGACAGCAAAAGAUGUGUAUAUUAAAUCAAAAUCUGUGUACAUUCGAUUUAAUAACCAGUCUUCUGGCACGUGUCACCGAAUGUAUAGAGAAUCCAUCUUUGCGUCCUAAUGUUGAUGAAACUGGAAACUGUGAUCGAGAGAAGAAUGUGGUGAAGGUUUUUUAAUUGGAAUAAAAAAAAUUUUUUCA